CGAGCAAAAGGUCAAAGCUGUUGUUGCUGGUUGCAUAUAUUCAGGGCCACAACUGACAACAGAGCCUUAGGAAAAUCAUAAUAUUAAAUAUGGCAAAAUGUUUGGUCAAGAUCCGGACUCAAAGAAGCCUCCACUUGCACAUGAUGAACCACUGCAGCAGUAACGUGUUUGUCCGUCUGCUAAAACAUGGCUCCAAGGUCAUACCUCGAAAUGCUGGUGCUCCACUACCUAAAGUGGAUGUUUCUGAACCCUUGAUUGCCAACUCAGAAGAGAAUGGAACUCAGUGGGCAGAUCCUCUGAGUGAAGAGGAAGAGAGAGUAGAAGAAGACAGCUUGACCAUCUCUGAACUAGCAUACAGUCCCAGUGCCAGGCUGUUCCAUACGCCAGUGGAUGACGAUGAAAUCGAUGUGCUCUUUGACUGUUCAUCUAGGCUCAAGUUAGAAAGAGAAGAUACAGAUUCCUUUGAGGAACUGGAAGCAGAUGAAAAUGCCUUUUUGAUGGCUGAAGAGGAGGAGCUGAAGGAAACUCGAAAGGCUAUGUCAUGGAGUUACUCCAUCCUGACCGGCCGUAUAUGGGUCAACCCUAUAGUCAAGUGUUGCACCAGGCUCCUUGUGGUGGGCCUGGGACUGCUGCUGUUUGUAUUUCCCCUGAUCCUCCUCCUUUUGGAGUCAGUCUCUAUGCCAUAAGUGGAAUCAGCAGGACCUGCACAUGAUGGACCCAUCCAAGAUUUGUUUUCCACAUUCCAGAUUUAGUAGCUGACUGGGUAGAUAAGUUCAUGAGUCCAGAGGAG